AUGGUUCUCGAUUCCGCCUUGGUGACGUGUGGUGCGGGAGUCGACAUUCGCUCUAUCAUCACAGGAUUUGACCUGCUCCGAGUUGUCGUGAAAGACCUUCCGCACAACACCAAUUUCAACGAGGUGGCGACAGCAUUCACUUUAUCCGGUGUCAAUCCCGAAAAUGUCAUCCUACAGGAGACGAAACCCAAUGGUCGACUUGCAGAUGCUAUUUUUCUGAUAAAGGCGGACCAACUUGAACCAACUGCAUUUGGUUCAGAUCGCACCAUUGAUUUCCAAAGUCGGCGUUUUCUGUUCGAAGUCGGCCCAAUUUCUUCUGAAGAUUCUAUGACCCUUUCGUCGCAGAACACCAACACCCUGACUGUUUAUUGGCGAGUUCCAUCCACAUCAAUGAUCGCCACUUACCCCACAUUGGAAGUCGCGAAAGCUAAGGCUAAGGAGCUUGAUGCCAAGAUGUUACGUGGUCACAGAGUGAAGCCGUCAUGA